AUGAUCGGCAAAUGUCUCAGUAAAGUCUCUACAGUUGGACAAAUUGUGUCUAAUAGAGGAUUUUCUUCCGAGAUUCGCAGAGUCACUCUUAUUCCUGGGGAUGGAAUCGGUCCUGAAAUUUCCAAAGCUGUACAAGAGAUUUUCGAGGCUGCCAAAACUCCUAUCGAAUGGGAUCCAGUCGAUGUGACUCCAGUCAAGGGACGUGAUGGUGUUUUCCGUAUUCCUAGCCGUUGUAUCGAGUUGAUGCACCAAAACAAAGUAGGAUUGAAAGGACCUCUUGAAACUCCAAUCGGAAAGGGACACAGAUCACUCAACUUGGCAGUUAGAAAAGAAUUCAACCUGUACGCUAACGUACGUCCAUGCAGAUCUCUUGAAGGACACAAAACUCUCUAUGACAAUGUAGAUGUUGUUACUAUCAGAGAGAACACCGAAGGAGAAUACUCUGGUAUCGAGCACGAGGUUUCCCCAGGAAUUGUUCAAUCUAUCAAAUUGAUCACUGAGCAAGCUUCCCGCAGAGUAGCCAAGUAUGCCUUUGACUAUGCUCGUUCCAAUGGACGUCAGGUUGUCACUGCUGUACACAAAGCUAACAUCAUGAGAAUGUCUGAUGGACUUUUCUUGAAUAUGUGCCGCGAACAAGCAGCUCUCUAUCCCGAUAUCAAGUUCAAGGAGGCUUACCUCGACACAGUUUGCUUGAAUAUGGUUCAAGAUCCUGGACAGUAUGAUGUUCUUGUCAUGCCUAACCUUUACGGAGAUAUCUUAUCCGAUUUAUGCGCUGGUCUUGUCGGAGGUCUUGGAGUCACCCCCUCUGGAAACAUUGGAGAAGACGCCGCUGUAUUCGAAUCUGUUCACGGUACCGCCCCUGAUAUCGCCGGACAAGAUAAGGCUAACCCAACCGCCCUCCUCUUGUCUGCUGUAAUGAUGUUGCGUUACAUGAAUCUUAACCCUUAUGCUGACAAGAUUGAGAAGGCAGUUUUCACUGCCAUCGCUGAUGGAACAGCCAAGACCGGAGAUUUGGGAGGUUCUGGAACUUGUUCCUCAUUUACUGCCGAUGUUUGUGCUCGUAUCCGCAAUAUGGAUUAA